GAGCUUGUGGCCACGAUAGACCGAGCGCCGAAGUUGAAUGUCACGAAUCGAGACUUUUGGAUGCGAGCAGCCGAUGCCUGUCGCAGUGCUCAUUUAUCUUUCAAUCCGAAACAACUGACUGCACUAGUGAAUGCGUUUAUGCAAGUUAUGUCGGGGUCAGCGUUUGUCUUUUAUCUCGCUCAGCAUCGUCUACUUGGUAACGACCUUUUCUCACGAAGUUGUAGAACUAAAAGAGAAAAGAUACGAUCAAGAGCAAGGGACCGAGAAGAUGGAUUCAAAGCACACUCUAAGAAAGGAAGGCAUUAUGACAGGCAUUUGCUGAGCAGUCUCUGUCAGGC